CUUAGCGACCGUCGGUAUCCAAGCAACGGAAUACAAACAUUCGGCGACUUCAACCACUACAGGCUGUUAAUACUCUAACUUACACCAAAAGAUGAUGCCAUCCCAAAUUUUAGUGUCUCGCCCCUAUUUUGACACGCGGCUAGCGGCGCAGAAUGGCUCACAGCCGCUGGUCACAAACCCGGAGACCGCCGUUAAAGAAAACGUGUACGCUGGGACAUCCGCCGGUCUGGCCACGGCGGGCUACCGGAGCGCCAAAUACAGCCCCGAGGAGUGGCUCGCCAAUAACUCUGCUCUGUUAAACCGCUCCGUCGCGGACCGGGAUCACGCGGAGAGGAUUUGCACCGAGUCCAAAGCGCUGAAAGCGGAGACCGACGCCGGGACUUUACGCACGCAGACCGCGGGCACCAAACACCUGGGCAACCGGCUGCAGGACAUCCACCGCUGGAGAUCCGAGCUGGAGCAGCUCAUCGAGCGGCUGAUCGCGGAAACAGACCUGCUGACGGCCUCCAGGCGGCGGCUGGAGAAAGCGCUGGACGCCACGGAGAUUCCCUCCGCCAUCGCCACUGAUAACCUCAGCUGCCGAGAGAGACGCUUCGGACCGGAUCUGGUGGAGGACCAGGUGGAAGAGGAACUUCUUAAGGAAGUGGAGCUGAUCAGAAGCAUUCAGGCCUUGCUGAAAAAAACUCUGGAUCAAACUGUCAACCAGAUAAGGCUGAACCGGGAGGUGAAGCAGACUCUUGAGUUAGACUGGUCUGAUAAACAGCAUGCCUACAGUCUGGAUGACCAGUGUGGACGCUUUAACAACAGGAGCACCGACACACAACGGCAUCCCAGCUCAGCCGUGCUGCAGGACCAGGUGUGCAAUGAGGAGGUUUGGCGUAAGUUUACUCUGGAUAACCUGCGGCUGGCGGAGAGAGAGGAGGUGGCGAGCCAGGCCUUGAGGCGGCUGAUUGAGCGGGUCCUGCAGGAGACUUCUGAGGACCUACGGGCGCAGUGUGCCACUGUAGAUCAGGCCUUCAACCAGCGCUGCAUGGAACUGAGCCAAGCCAAAACACAGCUGGAGCUGCACCUGGCACAGAUUCUAGAGCAGAUUGGGGCUCAAGAGAGGAAUAUCUCAUAUCUGCAGCAAGCUGUGUAUGAUAAAGAAGCUCCUCUCAGAGUGGCUCAAUCUAGACUGCAUUACCGAACCGUCAGACCCAACUUGGAGCUGUGCCGAGACCAGCCCCAGCUCAGUUUGUUAGGUGAGGUGUCAGAGCUCAACAGUACAGUAUCAGCCCUACAGCAGCAGCUGUAUGAAGCACGCAAAUCUUUGUCGGACCUGGAAGAAAGCAGACUGUCCCUGGAGAAAGAUAUCGCUUGCAAAACAAACUCUCUCCUCAUCGACCGAGAGAAGUGUAUGACGCACCGUACACGCUACCCUUCUGUCACAGUGCUGUCUGGAUACUGACACGGUGUCAUGCACUUCUUAACAGGAGGUCUGGAUUCAUUAGACAGUCACUUCCAGUGGCAUGUAAUGUGUGCGCAUUUGCUCAGUGUUUUUUUGAAUGCAGUGGUUAUGUCUAUCCUCUGGUUUUAAAGAAAAUGUUUUUGGGAAAAAAUUUUAAGCAAAUAUUCUAGUUUUAAAUGAUACAUAAUACCCUG